AUGGCAUCUACAACAUCCAUAUCAGGCAAUAACAAUGACAACAACAGCAACAACAACAUUAGUAACAGCACUAUUGUGCGAUUUGAAGCUAAUGAAUCGACAAGAAUCAAGAUGAUAUGGAGUGCAGAAGACUUGAGAUCAGAGCGUGAUCCACAUGUUACAUUCACUCCAGUAUUCUCUCAUCAGAUAUUCAAGGAGGAACAGAUAAUUGGUUAUGAACCACUCCGUCUCAAUAUCUACAUGGGCGCCGGUUCAUUGACAUCGUUCAUCGACACCAACUACACCAUCAAGUCAAAGAACAUCACCAAUGUCGAGAAACAACUAGUCACUGUCAUGUCCAAGACCGACCCGCCACUCUCCACCUACGACAGUUUCCGCGAAUAUAUUGAUGAGAAGGAGAAUAACUUCAAGCCACCUGGUGAUAAGCUACAUGAGUACACUGUUACGGAUAGGGACACUGGAAAGGAGACGGUUUAUGAGGUGUACUUUGGCAAGAUAUCGGAUCCAGUGAUGUUAAGGUAUCACGAGAAACUUCAGUUGUUUGUAUUGUGGUAUAUUGAUGGCGCGUCCUACAUCUACACCAAUGACUCCAACUGGGAUAUUUUCUUGAUCUUUGAGCGCAGAGUGAUCGAUGGUGUCAAGCGCUAUGGAGUCGUCGGAUACAGCACCAUCUACAACUUCUACCAUCAUCCAGAGUGCAACAGAUCAAGGAUCAGCCAGUUCCUUGUUCUUCCACUUUACCAAAGAAUGGGACAUGGCAAGCACCUGUUGAACGCCAUCUACAAUCAAUAUAAGGCAAACCCAAGUGUUUAUGGACCAGUCUAUGAUAUCACAGUGGAGGACCCAGCUGACAACUUCAUACUACUUAGGAACACUGUGGAUAUUGAGAACAUUACAAAGGCUGGACUGGUCAAGCACGUCACAGCCAACUUUGAUCUGUCACAGGACCACAAGGAGCUGUUUGAAUCUAUAAGAAAACAACUGCUCAUCACACCUGUACAAUCAAAGAUAUGCCUGGAAAUCAUACUGCUGAGCAAGGUGAUCCAUCUGCCUGCCAGCGAUGCCAACUACAAAAAGUUUAGAGUGUACAUCAAGAAGAAGCUGUUCAAGCAAUUCGUAGGCUCCGAGCUGGACAGUGCCGACAAGGAGGCCAUCGAGAAGGAUCCGGCCAAGAAGCAGGAGCUGGAGGAUAACAAGCGAAAGGUCAUCAUCGAGCUCUACAAACAGACAGAGGACGAAUACUCUCAAUCGAUAUACUCUGUCGGUUUAACGGCCAAUGGAACAAUCGCCAAUCGAUAA